AUGGCACAAGGUAACCUCAAACUCAAGUCUAAGGCCAAAGCCAGAGUUACAAAGAAACAGCAAAACCCACGCUCUUCAGCACCAAAGAUCAUCAAGCCAAAGAAGUCUUCCGCAAAACAGGCUUUUAAGCUCCAGAAGUCUCUUAGUGGUCUGGCUGGUACAGAAAAGUUGAUUGCCAGCAGAGUGGAAGAGAGAUCGAGAAGGAAGAAAAGAAGAACAAGGAGAAGAAAUAAGAUGUCUAAGGCUAAAGUUUUGGGUGAGAUCCCACAGGCUGAUAUCAAAGUGCAAGAUAGAGCGUUACCAGAAAAAAUGGAUCCAGUUGCCAGCGGGAUUGUUAGCGUGACACACGAAUCUCUAGAGAAGCAAGUUAAUACUGGUCUGCAAGAGUUUACUAAACAGCUUCCGGCUCUAGACCCCGAUGCAGUGGCUGAGGAAGCCAAGAAACAAAGGGGUAUCAAACGGAAACGCAAGUAA